UAAUUCCUUAUUCCAGAUUGGAUCUGCCCUCACGCACAGGAAACCCCAACUGGAAGUUUAAUUGGGUAAUUUCAUUGGGAAAACCUGGGACCGAUUUUCCGAGGAAAUCUAUUCAUAGAACUGCAAACAUGGCGAAUCUUAGCUCCGAAAUUGACGAAAUGGGUUCCUUCUCCUUCACUGACUUCCCGGAAGAUGUUCAGUUAUGCAUCCUCUCCUUCCUCUCCCCCUCCGAUAUUGCGGCUUUCUCUUGCACCUCGAAGAGAUUCGUCUCUCUCUGCAGGAAUGAUAGGAAACUCUGGUUUACUAUGUGCGAUCGGAGAUGGGGUUCCACUACUCAGAUCAACAAUUGGGGAAAAGGGAAAAUCGCUUACAGGUUACUCUAUAAAACUCUUCACCAAUGGGAGAAUCUCAUCGGUUUUUGGCGCCGGAGUGGCUCGCCGACCAUCGGCGUCUCAUCGCCGCCAUUGGUGUUCUUCGAAUGGGGCCCAGAUUUUAUUGCUGGCUCUAGGGUUUCUCCGUCAAGGAACGGUACUUACGACGUGUUUAAAUCUCCAUUUCUAUGGAUGGGGCUCUCCCCGGAAGCUCAGGCCAUGAGUUUCAUCGACCCCGAUGGCCGUUCUGGGUUCGCCGGGAAAUUUGCUGAUUUAGGAGAAUCCGAUUUCUCCGAUUGCGAUUUGAUUCCGAUAGAAUUGAGCUUCAUGGGGACAAAUCAUUUUGCCAUUGAGGAAAAUCUUACAUUCGCUUAUCCAAAUUCCCCAGAACGAAGGAUAAACGGAUGCCGCCGAAGUUCCCCAGAAAACAGUUUAGCCGCCGUAACAGAUGUGAACGUAGUGGGAAGUGGCUCUCCGGGAAGCUUACUGGACGGAUUAAUGUCAGAAAUUUAUCAGCAGUUUGCGAAUAGAACCAGCCCGGGAGGGGAUAGAGCCUCAAGGAGACAACGGAGAAGGGAGAAGGAAAGGCUAGGAAAGCGGAAGUUGGAAGCAGAGCAUUUUGUUAAAAUUGUGAAUUGCUCUCCCACACCAUUGCGGCCAAUACAGGGCUUAUGGAAGGGAAUCAGUGAUGAUAUGCGCAUGGAUUUCUAUCUUGUUGUAUAUGAUGACAUUGGUGGUAUUGCCUGUCGGAGAGUUGGGGACUCCUCCGAGGGCCUCUCUAGUUAUUCUCCCGUGUUUUGGACAUCCAAUACUACCUUCUUGGAAGCCCCAUUCUCCCUGGAGGAGGAACAUUUUCACGACCGCCGAAUACAUGUUCACCCUCUACCAGCCAAUGACAUUGAUGAGCUAGUGCCUUCAAUUGAAAACAAAAAGAUCUCUCACAUUCUUCGCGUCAACUCGAGUUAUGAUCUAGUCCUACCAGACCUGGCUGGAAGUGUUCCGAAUCCUCGCAACGUCGAGGGAAGAAUAUGGCAGUACAGUAAUGGGACUUUUGGGUUCGGUUUCCUUGGAGAUAAUUUUAUUAUAGAUUUGAAGCACAUUGCUCGAAAUGGUUCGAUUCUGGAUACUGUGGAAUAACUUGUUUGUUGAUUCUUCAUUUCAUUUGAUGAGUUCUUUGGCCAA